AAAAAAUCAAAACAUAACCUUUUUUAUUGUUAUGAUGAUGUGUUCGUAGAAACUUUAAAUGAAAAUCAAGCGAUAUUUAUUCAAAUCCAAUAAUAUUCAAAUAAGUAAUGAAACAAAUUUUACUUGAAAAUGACCUUUUUACAAGAUACAAUCAUUAUUCUCGCCUCGCAGAUUACUUUCUUCGUGGGUGCAUGGAUAUUUUUUAUGAAAGAAUUGUUUAAAAAUUACGAAGUUCGUCAUGUUAUGGUUCAACUUAUAUUCUCCAUAACUCUAACACUUUCCUGUACGAUGUUCGAAUUGAUUAUUUUUGAAAUAUUAGGUCUCCUCGAUUCCAGUUCUAGAUAUUUCUAUUGGUAUGUGAUGUUAUAUUUAAUGCUUUUUGUUGUUAUCGUACUGAAUCCAUUUUAUAUCGGUUACUAUUGCAUCAGUAAUAUAAAUUAUGUAAAACCAGAUUACGUGAAACGUUUAACGGUGCUUGUUUGGAUAAUAUUCCUCGUAAUAUUCUGGAAAAUUGGCGACCCUUUUCCGAUAAUCAAUCCAAAACAAGGGGUACUUUCCAUCGAACAAUUAGUAUCUAGAAUAGGAGUUAUCGGAGUGACUGUUAUGGCUUUACUAUCCGGUUUCGGGGCUGUUAAUUAUCCUUAUUCAUCGAUGGCAUACUUCAUGAGAGAAGUAUCCGAAGCCGAUGUUUUGAACGUUGAAAAGAGAUUAAUGCAAACGAUGGAUAUGAUUGUGAUAAGAAAAAAGAGAUUAGCUAUUGCUAAAAAACAGUCUAUGGAAAAGGUUAACGAUACGACGAAACGAAAAGGGUUUUGGUCUCUUUUAUCGUCAGUAGGAAUAAACAAAAGCGAAGAAAAUAUCGUGCAGAUACGAUUAGAGAUUGAGGGUUUAGAGGCUUUAAGCAGGACUCUAUUUCUGGAGGUUCACGAGAACAGAAAUAUGUUAGAGCGCAUCGAGUGGUCGAAAACGUGGAAAGGAAUAUACUUUAAUUUCCUGGGUUAUAUAUUCUCCGGGUACUGCUUGUGGAAAAUAUUUAUUUGCACGAUUAACAUAGUGUUUGAUAGAGUUGGUAAAAAGGAUCCCGUAACGAGAGGCAUAGAGAUCGCUGUACAUUGGAUGGGCUGGAAUUUCGACGUGAAUUUUUGGUCUCAACAAGUCUCUUUCUACCUAGUCGGUUGUAUUGUCGUGACAUCUAUUAGAGGUUUUAUAAUCACUUUAACAAAGUUCUUCAACAGGAUGUCGUCCAGCAAAAGUUCCAACGUAAUCAUAUUAGUUUUGGCCCAAAUAAUGGGCAUGUACUUUGUAUCGUCCGUGCUACUGUUGAGAAUGAACAUGCCCGUGCAAUACAGGACGAUUAUCACGCAAGUUUUGGGCGCCUUGCAGUUUAAUUUCUACCAUCGGUGGUUCGAUGUUAUAUUUUUAGUGAGCGCUCUGAGUAGUAUUAUCACGCUUUACGUGGCUCACAAGCAGCCCAUCAGAGAGAACGUGUAGUUCAAUAUACUGUGUAAUUAUCAAAUAUGUGCAUUUUAUAAUUCAAAUCGUUGAAUAAAAAUUAUUUAUUUUCUAA